AUGUCUGGAGUGUUUUUUAUAUUGUUUCCUAUUUGCUUCCUUGUUACGGCUGCGCUGCAGCAAGCGCAACUUGUAGAAUACAUCAUAUUACCUGCAAUGUAUAAUUAUUUUACGAAGAGGGAUGUGCCUUAUGUUAUGGCAGGAGUAUGUUUCUUUUGGACCUACGUUGUGACUGCCUCGUUAAGCGUUUGGGCACAGUCAGCUGCGUCACCCAAUGGGUAUAAUAACAAUGUAAGGAAAUGGAAAGUGGAUGUAGAAGGAGGAAGAGACGAUGCAGCCCUAACUGAACCAAGGAAUAGAGGAUUUAUAGCCGGCCCAUUUGGAAGGAUAAUUGCUGCACAUCAAGUGGCCUUAGAGAGCGUUCCAGGCUUUUUUGCGGCAGUUAUCAUAGCGACCGCACAGAAAGUUCCAUUAGAUUACAGAGUCAGUUUUUCAAUAAUCUACACAAUUCUCCGCAUAUUUCAUACAAUUCUAUACGUCUUAGAUUUCGACAUUGUUCGUGCGGCAACUCAUGUAAUGUCGAUAUCAUGCUGUGCUUGGUUGUUCAUUUUUGCUAUUGUUCCUGGAUUCGAGAGACAGUACUACUCUACUGUUAUGGAUGUCGUCAGGAUUAGACACAGUAUUAGUGACGGGAAUUGGACGUUCGGGUAA